AUGGCUUCACAUUGUAAUACAACCCCUUAGAAAAUGCUCUAAAAUUACAGCACUGAUCAUUCUUAAAUGUAUGUCUCUACUUGCAGUGAUGGUUCUGACUAGGACACUGAGAAUCUAAUUAAAUAACCUACAAUAAGAAAGAAGAGCUUUGCCACACCAGGCGAUAAAAAUGAUUAAUCAGAUGGCAAAAGACAAUAAUUAAGAACCAAAAUCUGUCGGAACUUUCAAGAAAAAGGUUAUUGCCAAUACAAAGACAAGGUACAUUUAAAUGAAAUGAAAGUGUUCUUUUAUACAUGAGCCACAUAGAAUAGAGAACUUUGGCAAUAAACGAACUAAACCUUGUCGAUCUUUCUUUUCCACGGGUGUCUGUCCAUUAGGUCUAAAUUGUCAGUAUGCCCACUAUGAAGUAAUUGAUAAAGAAGAACUACGAGAUUUUGUAGAGAAGACAUUCAGGGAACAAAAACUUAUGGUUCCCUUGCAUCCAAGUAUCAAAUCAAUUAACCAAAUUAGACAAAUUGUAGCUAGAUAUGAGAAAUGAUUUAUAAAGAUUUUAACAUUUGUAUAAAAUCUUUGGAAGAAAGCUAAGCUUUAGAAGAGACGAUUUACUUGUCAAUAUAUGCAGAGAGUAAUAUAAUAUUUUAUAUUAAUAGAAGAAAUUCCAUUUUCCUUAGACUUUGCUAAAGUGAGGUACAGGAAUUCACCAACUUUCUAUAAUGAUUCAC